ACUAUCUCUCUCUCUCUCUCUCUCUCUCUCUCUCUGACACCCACACACACACAUUUUGGCUUCCUUCAUUCUCUGCAUCAAACUCUAACCCUCUCGGAGCUCACCCACCUCCUCUUCAAGCAGCUUCAAUUUAUCUUAGUUGAGCAAGCAUUAACAUGUAAAGGUUCAAGAAGUUUGUGCCCUGAGAAUAUGGAAGGACGAAGUGGCAACGACAACCCUUGGGAUUUGAUGUCUAUGAGUGUCGAUGGCAAAGCCAAUAAAGCCUCUCCUGUACCUGAAGAUUAUCGAACCCAGCACUUCUUUUUGGCAGAUGGAAAAUGUGGAAAUCAGACUAAAGCUCUGCCUUUACCUCAGUGGAUUCAGACCCCACAAUUGUCUCACAAUUAUGUCGAGUAUCUUGCAGAAAGUUCAAGAUUUCUCCCAAAGCCUACUACAGAAGGUUUGUUAGAGAGCAUUCCUUCAAGUGUUGGUGGAAUACAAGCUGUUGUUGAAGGGGUCUCUGAAAUCCAAAAUGACAUAUUAUACAACAAAUUUGGAGAGGCUCCUGCAUCCGAACCUUCUGGUUCUUUCCAUGACAUGGAUGUUUCUAAGGCAUGGUUUCUUAGGCCACAUGAUGAUGGAGAACCUCUGAACAGAUUCACUAGUACACAAUAUCAGAUCCAUGCUCAGAAUGCUGUCAAGAAUGAAAAUUCAUGGCCACCAGAACUGAUGAGAGAGAAUUGUAAUGUUCAUCAACCUGAUCCUGGAGCAAUGGUUACUGCACCUGGUUUCCUGUCCAAACCACGUCACAGUGCACCAAAAACAAAAGCUAUGAUGACUGAUCGUCAGCGCAGACUACGAAUUAGUGAGAGACUCAGUGCGUUGCAAGAAUUGCUACCACAUUCUGCAGAGGGUGGUCAAGCAUCUGUACUGGAUGAUAUCAUUGACUAUGUCAAGUAUUUGCAGCUUCAAAUAAAGGAACUGGGUCGAAGUAGAUUGGGAGGUGAAUCAAGUACUGAAUCUUUCAUUUUCCUUGAGGGGUAUGGCCACUACAUUAGCAAGCAGAUUCUGAAUGAACCUCUUGAAGAGAUGAUGGGAAAAUUGCUAGAGGAAAAUCCAGCAGCAGCUGCUCAGCUUUUGGAGAGCAAGGGCCUUUUCAUGAUGCCAAUCAAUUUGGUUGAAGGACUACAACAAGCCAAAUAGACACUUGGCAUGCUCAUACAUGCAAAAUUUGCACUUUUGUUUUCGUUUCCCUAUCUUCCCGUUUGUGGAUUUGCACCAGAUAAUUUCUUUAACAAAAACUGGUUUUUUGCUCAAACGGUUUAUCAGUCUUCUACAGAUAGUCACAUGAUUGAUGAUAGUCAAAUUAGUGGCAAUGAUAGCCCCAAGUGAUGUUGCUCCAA